GCGAAAAAACCUGGUGGUUUCAUACAUUACCAGCAUCUUGCUGGCAAGGGAGAAGGAGAGACUCCUGAUCCCUUGGUAUCGCAUUUUCAGGUUGGGGGAGAGAGUCAGAGUCGAGCAAAAGCCGUUGGCAAAGUGCUAGUGGAAGCGUUUGACGCCCCUCUGAAAGACGUCAAGAAAAUCUACGCAACGUUGACUCGUCUCGUACAUCUGCGAGAAGGCAAUGGCAACGUAUUGGAGAAGACAGCGAGUGCUUUAGCAAAUUUAUGGUCUGGAUUUGUCCAUUGGAAAAAAUGGUGUGUAAGUAGAAGAAAGAUGUUAUUUUUUGCAAGGAUAGUAGAAAAAUCAUAGGAUCCGGUUUGCUUUCUUCCUGCAACUCUUCCUCUAAGAAAACGCCACGCUUCCAAAGACCACUCGGUUUUGCCAUCUGACGUGGUUCGGGGUGCGGAAUGUGCGGCGUGUGAUUUCUUCGGUGAAAGUAGCGCUUCCCCUAUCCAAAAUUGCGCUGCUAAAAAGUGCGGCGCCCAACAAACUCAGCUUCAUUAGAAACCAACAUUCAUGAAUCCUUGAC